AAGAUGAUGUAUUGAAUAGUUGACGGUGAAAGUAAUUUUCACACGUGUUAUCUGCUCAGAUAUCUCAAGUAUUAUCAAGGCUAUUGUGCUGUGGAUAACAUAGUGUCGAAGAAUUGUGAUAUUCACACGCUUGUAUAAUUUCAAAUGUGCAGCUUCACGGAAGUGAUCAUAGAGUAGUAUUCAUUCAUGUAUUCAAUUGUAUCCAUAUAUUAUUUGUUCAAACACGUGUUGUUGAAAUGUUUGAAAACCAUCAUAGUUGACUACGAGACGUUGCUAUUCGAGUAUUCACAAGUUAUUCGAUCGGCGACUUGUUAAAAUUGUAGAAGCGUUCAGAAGCGAUGAAAAGCGAUCGAACGAUGAAAAGUUGAUCGCGGUGUUGAUAUUCAACCAGGCAGUGGCGAUUUCGUGCGUUGUUAGUGAAACAGAAGCCACAGCGAUCCUCGGGGAAUAAAGAUAUCUGUCGGCUGGCUUUUCGUGAGACAGCCCGCAUUCGAGCGGAAUACGUAAUCGUCACGUGUGCUUGUGCAGCUUUAUCUUCAUCUCCUGCUGCUUCUACUUAUUCCUUCUUCUCGUUGCUCGUGUUGGUUUCGUUGGUGGUCAAGGCAUUUCUCGGUAAUUCGGAGCGACUCGCAGUUCUCGUGCAUCCUCUCGAUUCGCGUGUUGUUUUGCGAUCUUGGAUACAUUGAGCGCGGCUCUCGAGUCAAGUUUGAUUGAUCGAGAGUAAACAGUGAAAGUUCUUGAGGAAUCACAGCCAGUUUGAGCGAGGACAAAGGUUGCGAAGGAUCGAGCCAUGGGCCGCACAGGAUACACGUGCAUCAGGCACGUCUUCUGCUCCCUCAACGUUCUCAUAUGGUUAUGCGCUUGCGGAAUUUUGGGUGCAGGCCUAUGGCUGCGAUUGGCUUACUCCGGUUAUACAACCUUGGUGCCGCAGUAUAGUCUCGCGUCAGCUGACUCGUUGCUGCUCGCUGCCGGAUGCGUGACCUUCGUCAUCGCCUUCUUCGGAUGCUGCGGUGCUUGGUUUCAGUCGAGAUGCAUGUUAAUCACGUACUUCGGUUUGGUGAUACUGAUGUUCCUGGCUGAGUUCAUGCUAGGCACUCUGGCCUUCAUCUUCAGGGACCAUCUGGCUAAGAGCCUGAAGGAGGAGCUGUUGGUCGGUAUUGAGACGCAUUAUGAUCAGAUCAGGGAACCUGGGACGCUGCCUGCUAUUUGGGACCACAUACACACCGAGUUCCACUGUUGCGGUGUACGGGACUACACGGACUGGUUCCAGAUCAACGCGUGGCCAUCGGAGAAUCGUGUACCCGACUCUUGUUGCAUACAGAGAGAACGAUAUUGCGGUCGUUUGGACGCGGAGGGACACAACAAGGAGUUGUGGUACAAGGAAGGCUGUGCGACGGCAAUUCAAAUGUGGCUGGUUACCAGGCUCCAUGUGGUCGGCAUUGUGGGUCUGGUGGUCGCUUUCCUUCAGCUGUUCGGACAAGUAGCGAGCAUGAUCUUGUUCUGCACCGUCAGGCACAAAAGGUCGUCUCACACGUACAAGAGCUACGACACCACGAACACCUAGAAUUUCCGAUGGAUCUUGGACGAAACGAGUGUCUGAGGUCCGUGAAGAAACAUAACAAGAACAGUCGUACCGUGCGCGGUGAUGAUCACGAUCUUCUUCGCGUUCGAAGAAGAUUUCGAUUGUUAAGCCUGUCCUGUGAGAAUAACUCUUCUCGUUGUCUUCCCGAUAAGAUAACGCAUUCCUUCUUCUGUUCAAGUUCGAGUAGGGCCAACAAAUCGUUGCGUUAAGAUCGUGGAAAUUUCUGUUUAUCAUCGAGCAAGAAAGUGGAGCGAAAUGAUUAACGAGCACAGCUUAAGAGAUACGUACGACGAGUCAUUAGGCUAAUGGGCCAUUAGCGUUGAUAAACGAGUCCUUCUUCAGCCGACGACCAAUAACGCUCGGUUCUCAACGAAACCUACUGUUAAUUCGUACUCCGACGUUGUAUACGCGUAAGAUUCGAAAGAAACAAAAUGGUUUCAACGUAGUAUGUUAUCUUGCAUGCGAAUCUGUUUAUUUACUAGGUGUUAUCACACGCAUACCAAAAUUGCUGUUCGCACGAUCGUUUAAAACGUGUCUGCUCGCGAACACGCAAGUAUUUUUAUUCGUUUUAAGGUUGUUUGACAUCGAGUCGAUACAGCUACGGGAAACACAGAGACUCCUUCGCUUAGCUUUAAAUCCGCGGCUGUGUCGAUCGAACGUUUUUAUUUGUAUAUUUAUUUAAUCACGCUGUCGCGUAGUUAGCGACCCUGCAGCACGUUUCAUGUUUGUUCCACACGUUCACUGAAAAUGGAAGAACACUGUAAAUUAUUUUCACUGACGCAGUUUAACUUAGGAAACGUGUCGGAAUAGCGGCAGCUCGUUUAUACGUAUAUCGUUUAAUAAAUAAUAUAUUUAUGCAAUGUCCUUUCGCAACA